GGAAAAAUAUAUUGUGCGGCUGAAAUUAUUGUGUUGAGUUAGACUAAAAAGGUGUUUUGUUUGUGAAUGUGGCCUAAAUAAGUCAUCAAAAUGACUCUAACUAAGAUGGAGGUGGAUUCUGGCAAGGGUGAAGGAUUUCGCCCUUACUACAUUACCAAGAUAGAAGAGCUUCAACUGAUUGUUGCUGAGAAGUCUCAAAAUCUUCGUCGUCUACAAGCCCAGCGUAAUGAACUUAACGCUAAAGUUCGUAUGUUGCGUGAGGAACUUCAGCUCUUGCAAGAACAGGGUUCAUAUGUAGGCGAAGUCGUCAAACCUAUGGACAAGAAGAAAGUUCUAGUAAAGGUGCACCCUGAAGGUAAAUUCGUGGUAGACUUGGAUAAAAAUGUGGAUAUCAACGACGUUACAGCUAACUGCAGGGUUGCACUGCGUAACGAAAGCUACACGCUUCACAAAAUCCUACCAAACAAAGUAGAUCCUCUUGUGUCACUUAUGAUGGUGGAGAAGGUUCCUGAUUCCACUUAUGAGAUGGUGGGAGGUUUGGAUAAACAAAUCAAAGAGAUCAAAGAGGUCAUUGAACUGCCAGUUAAACAUCCAGAGUUGUUUGAUGCCCUUGGUAUUGCCCAACCUAAGGGAGUUCUAUUGUAUGGACCACCAGGUACUGGUAAGACACUCCUGGCUCGAGCCGUCGCCCACCACACUGAAUGUACCUUCAUCCGUGUCUCAGGUUCUGAGUUAGUUCAGAAGUUCAUUGGUGAAGGCAGUCGUAUGGUCAGAGAGCUUUUCGUAAUGGCUCGUGAACAUGCUCCUUCUAUCAUCUUCAUGGACGAAAUUGACUCUAUUGGUUCUUCACGUAUUGAGUCUGGCAGUGGUGGUGACUCUGAAGUACAAAGAACUAUGUUGGAGUUGCUGAAUCAGCUUGACGGGUUUGAGGCAACAAAGAACAUUAAGGUUAUCAUGGCUACCAACAGGAUUGACAUUUUGGAUCCUGCUUUGCUUAGACCUGGCCGUAUUGACAGGAAGAUUGAGUUCCCCCCACCAAAUGAGGAAGCUCGUCUUGACAUCUUAAAAAUUCACUCUAGGAAGAUGAAUCUGACCAGAGGUAUCAAUCUACGCAAGAUUGCAGAGUUAAUGCCCGGAGCAUCUGGUGCUGAAGUUAAGGGUGUGUGUACUGAGGCUGGCAUGUAUGCUCUCCGUGAGCGCAGAGUCCAUGUCACUCAGGAGGACUUUGAAAUGGCCGUAGCUAAGGUCAUGCAGAAGGACUCUGAGAAGAACAUGUCUAUCAAGAAACUCUGGAAGUAAUUGUAAUAUUAAUAAUUGUAUUGUAUGCUUU